CUUCGGGCUAAUAUUGCCCACAGGCGAUCAUUUAAAACAUCCUUCAAGAACGCGAUCUCACCCUCCAAGUUGACUUUACAUCAGUACAUUCAACCCAUCUUUUCUCUCUCCCUCGCCACAAUGUCACUCUCCGACCACGCGCAAAAGCUCACCAGCACGCUUGAGCAAGCCAAGCUCGUCCCGGGCUCAGCGGAGGUGUUGAUACCAGAGGGUUUUAAGCCGACGACCAAGCUCGAGGUCUCUUUCGCUGACAAGGCCCUCGAUGUGGGCAACUUCUUCCGCGCGGGCGAGUGCAAGCUUGCGCCCAGCAUCUCGUUCGCGGCCGAGGAGGGAGCAGAAUCCGGUGCCUCAUACACCCUCUUCCUGACAGACCCGGACGCGCCCACCCCGGACAACCCGCAGUUUGCGUUCUGGCGCCAUUGGGUUCUACCCGGGCUACAGCCGCUUAGUGGAGGCGCGGUCGUCGCGCAGACGAAGCCGGCGUUGACUGAGUUUCUCGGCCCCGGACCCAAGGACGACUCAAAGCCACACAGGUACCUCUUCCUGCUCUACCGGGAACCCCAAGGACUGGAUCUCAAGAAGGAGGAUAUCGGCGGAGAGGAAUUUGUGCAGAGGCGCUCAUGGAAGCCUGCUGAAUUCGCCGACAAGCAUGGUCUGAAGCUCGUUGGAGUGAACUGGAUGACCUGCGCUGGCGAUGGCUGGACAGAGUGAGGCACGAUGCCCGGUCUGUCUGGCAGAUGCAGCUAGGGAGUCCAACACCAAGGCAAGCUGUGCCAGCGAAGGGUCAUCACGAGACUGUACCGUCCCUCAAGCUACCUGGACCGAACCUUCACGUCCCCAGCUGCUCGAAUGGAGGCUAUCAAAACCUCGCUGAUGGUUCACGACGCGGCAGCGAGCUUCCAUGGACGGCGAGAUUCGGCGGCAUCGUCAUCGAAAAUCGUUGUGAAGCUGGUCCUAUAGUCUAGUUGGUUAGGACGUCGGAUUCUGAUUGAAAUAUGAUUAGAUCCUUCCGUAGGCCCAGGUUCGAAUCCUGGUAGGACCUGAAUCUUUUGCUCCAAUGAUGCCUUUUCUUUUGCUGAUUAUGCGGAUACUGGGCCCGAAGUCGAAGCUCCAUGAUGCAUGUCUU